UCGCAAUCUUUAUUUAGAAAACUUAAGUAGUAAAUAAACACGUAUUAUGUCGUUUAAUAAUUCAAAAGAUCGCCAUGCCGAAAGUAUCAAGCUCUAAAGCUGAUUUACUUAAGAAAUGGAUAAAUAAUGCUAAACAUUUAUCCACUGAUGGAACAGUUGUAUACUGUAACGCCUGUUCAAAGCAAGUAUCCUCAAACCAGAAAUUUCAAAUCGAUCAACACCUAGCUACAGCUAUUCACAAGGAAAUGGAGAGUCGAUUUAACGGGAAAGUACAACAAACGUUUGGUUCAACUGCAUUAUGUGGCAGCUCCCAACAAAACGAGGAUUCUAAAAAUGAAUUUUAUUUUGAUUUAAGCAACUCCAUGGCACAAUCAAACAUACCAUGGAAUAAAUUAGAACAACCGGCGUUCCGUAAAGUUUUAGAAAAAUAUUGUAACCGCCAUAUCCCAAAUGAAUCCAUAUUGCGCAAAAGCUAUUUGAAGAAAUAUACUUGUUGAAUCAUAGAAAAGGUGAUUGAAGAACAAAGUCUUAUUUCUGGAGAAAUUGGAAACAAAAUUAGGGUUAAAUGGGAAAGUCUUUUAUCUCGCAAUCCUGGAUACCAACAAGUAAAAAAUGUUUGUUACAUUUUGAGAGGACAGAACCAAAGUGAUCCGGAUAUUAAAAUGAAGCCUUCAGACAUAGCUUCCUUGAAAUUUGCGCCGUUCACAUCAUGUGAUGUGGAGCGUUCAUUUUCGGCUUUUAAAAAUUUAUUAACAGACAAACGCCAUAAUUUAGGCAUGGAUAGUAUUAACCAGUUAUUAGUUUUAUACUGCAACAAUAUCGUUUAACUUUUUGUGUGUGUUAGUUUGGAUUAGUAAUGUACUGUUCAUUACAGAAAAACCUAUUUUGUUUUGUUGACUUUUAGUCGAAUAUUAAUUGAUAUGAUAUAUUUUUUAUUAUAUUAAACAUA